GAGAGUGAGUAAAGCUUAGUGUGUGUCUCCUUUCUGCCAUAUAUAGGGGCAAACUUGCUUUGAGACGAGGUUGUGUGUUAUAUAGUCUGUGAUCUAUCUGUACACCUCACUUUCUUUCUAUCUUUCUUCAAUACCCUUGGGACUAUAAGGAUUUCUGCACACUUGGCCUGCUUUAACCACAGCUGGAGGACAAUUAUUAAGCAUUUGAUAGAUUAUUUUGUCCUGUUGAUUUUGAAGCAAACAUGGAAGGAAUGAAUGACGUUCAUGAUGACGGAUCUUUCAUGUUCACCUCAGAGUCUGUGGGAGAAGGCCAUCCAGAUAAAAUCUGUGACCAAAUCAGUGAUGCAGUUCUUGACGCACAUUUGAAGCAGGACCCAGAUGCUAAAGUGGCCUGUGAAACUGUUUGUAAGACUGGUAUGGUACUUCUCUGCGGUGAGAUCACAUCUCGGAGCAACGUUGACUACCAGAAAAUUGUGCGUGACACCAUUAAACACAUUGGUUAUGACAACUCUGAAAAAGGCUUUGACUAUAAAACCUGCAAUGUGCUGGUGGCUCUUGAGCAGCAGUCUCCUGAUAUAGCGCAGGGUGUCCACGUUGACAGACAUGAGGAAGACAUUGGAGCUGGAGACCAGGGGCUCAUGUUUGGCUAUGCCACUGAUGAGACGGAGGAGUGCAUGCCGCUCACAAUUGUCCUCGCACACAAACUCAAUGCCAAAAUGGCCGAGCUGCGGCGGGAUGGCACCAUCCCAUGGCUCCGCCCAGACUCAAAAACUCAGGUCACGGUGCACUACAUACAGGAGAAUGGUGCUGUGAUACCUUUGCGUGUCCAUACAGUGGUCAUCUCCGUCCAACAUGACGACUACAUUUCACUUGAGGUGCAACAGCGUAUUCUGAAGGAGAAGGUCAUCAAAGCUGUAGUGCCAGCAAAAUAUCUUGACGAUAAGACUGUCUACCAUCUGCAGCCAAGUGGACGCUUUGUCAUCGGAGGGCCUCAGGGAGAUGCUGGUGUUACGGGUAGGAAGAUUAUUGUGGACACAUAUGGUGGAUGGGGGGCUCAUGGUGGUGGGGCCUUCUCUGGGAAGGAUUACACCAAGGUGGACCGCUCUGCUGCCUAUGCUGCACGCUGGGUGGCCAAGUCUCUGGUGAAGGCCAAACUGUGCAGAAGAGUGUUGGUUCAGGUGUCUUACGCCAUUGGAGUCGCGCACCCACUCUCAGUCUCCCUCUUCACCUAUGGCUCAUCGGAAAAAACAGAGAAGGAGUUGCUACAUAUUGUCAACAAGAACUUUGACCUCCGACCAGGUGUCAUUGUUAGGGACCUGAACCUGAAGAGACCGAUCUACCAGAGCACCGCCUGCUACGGUCAUUUUGGCCGAUCAGAGUUCCCCUGGGAGAUGGCCAAGAGUCUCAAGGUUUAAACCGAGAGGCGUGCGACUCAUACCUUCAGUCAUUCAGUCGCUCUUUCCUCCAGCUCUCCUCUCUCAGAUGAUUUUGGAUCUCUUCCCGCAUAUGCUACAUUUCAGAUUAGAUGAAUAUGCUGUAAAUGUCAAGAUUGAUAAAUUAAUAGCCGUCUGUCAUGAAAGUAUCCCUCACCACGUCGACACUCGUGACAAUUAAUCAUUCCUUAAAGCUGAAGUGCGUCCUAUCCCAGCUUGCCAUUUAAGUAAUCAACUUUUAAGUAAUCAGAUUAAUUACUUUAAAGAGUGUAAGUACUGUGACUCUGUAGUGCUAUCAAUGUAUUACUCUGUCAGCAGAAACACUGGCGGGAGUUUUGGGCGGGAAUAUCUGUUUUUCCGAUCAACGGAGGAGGUUUCGGAUAAACUGGUGGGAUGGGGGAGGGGGAUUGUACUUCUGUUUGGUGCCACUAGUACCUCAGAAAUAACACAUUUCAGCUUUAUACUUUAAAUGAUUUAAAUCACAAUUAUUCUGUAUUUACUACUUUGCAAUUUAUUUUCCUCGAUCAUGAGUCGAAUAGCUUGGCUAUUUAAUCGGUUUUCAUUGUGUGAAGAGUUAUAAGCAUAAUGUGGACCACUGGGAGCUUUAGGUUUUAUACAUGUUUACAAUCUGAGUUCUGGCAUCAUAUUUACAGUCUUAAAAGGGUCUAAUUUGUGUGCCUUUUUUUGCAUCAUUAGAACAUUUGCUUUUUAUGCUUCAUUUGUGGCUGCAUUAAUCUCAUUAAUGUUUGAUAAUGGCGGAGGGAUAUUAUUAGAAUUUUGUUGUUUAUGUGUACAGAUCUUGUGCUGGUCUUACAUUAAUUGUCAUCACUGGAGAGUGAGCAUGUGUAUGUGUGUUUAUGUACUUCAGUUAUGAACAAACCCAGAUAAUGUUGCACACUUGAGAUGUGUGUGAAAGCCUCAUUUGUUUUUAGACUUCUUUGAGUUCAACAGAGGCAUUAACCCUUAAAAACACUAUAAACCAUAUUACUCAUACCGUUUUCUUUCAGAUUUUCAACUUUUGUCUUUAAGAUUAAAUUUGAGAUCUGACAUGUAAAUAAUUGUGAAUAAUUAAAGUGUGGAAAAUUCUUCA